UGAGGCUUGAGACCGUGGGAGGGGGCCCUCUCGACGGCGAGACACUCGCUUGGAGGCUGCGGGAGAAAAGGAUGGGCGACUCGCGAGACAGCAACUGCAGCAGGGCGCUCGUCUUCUUCGUCAACGGCAGAAAGGUCGUCGAUGAAAAUGUUGACCCUGAAUGGACGCUGCUUUACUACCUGCGCAACAAACUUGGUUUGUCUGGAACCAAACUCGGAUGCGCUGAAGGAGGAUGCGGCGCCUGCACUGUUAUGGUCUCCAAGUUCAACCGCGAUAGCAAGAAAAUAGUUCACUUGGCUGUAAACGCGUGCUUGGCGCCGGUAUGUUCGAUGCACGGCUUGGCGGUGACCACGGUCGAGGGCAUCGGCUCGACGCGCUCGCGACUGAGCGCGGUGCAGGAGCGGCUGGCCAAGAGCCAUGGCUCGCAGUGUGGCUUCUGCACCCCUGGCAUCGUCAUGUCCAUGUACGCCCUGCUGAGGAACCAGCCCAAGCCGUCGCUGGAGGAGCUGGAAAUAGCGUUUCAGGGCAAUCUGUGUCGCUGCACUGGCUACAGGCCCAUCAUCGAGGGUUUCAAGAGCUUCUUGGAGGACUACGAGGUGCAGGGCAGGGCGGUGGCCAACGGGAAGGCUGGCGGGUGCGCCAUGGGCGACAAGUGCUGCAAGAAGCAAGGUGCUUGCACCAAGAAUAUCACCCAAAAUCUGGUCCAGCCGCACCAGUUUGCACCGUAUGACCCGUCGCAGGAGCCGACUUUCCCGCCCGAGCUGCAAGUCGCGGAUGAGUACGACGCUCAGUUCCUCACCUUUUCCAGCGAAAGAGCCACAUGGUACAGGCCAACCAAGUUGUCUGACCUUCUGCAGUUGAAGGAGAAGCACCCUUCCGCCAAGAUCGUGGUGGGAAACACUGAAAUCGGCGUUGAAGUCAAGUUCAAGAACUUCCACUAUCCGGUGCUCAUCCAGCCCAAUCACGUCAAGGAGCUAACCUCAGUUCAGGUCAUCAAAGGCCAGGGAGUCAAAUUUGGGGCUGCUGUGACUCUUUCUGAACUGGAAGCAACCUUGAAGGAGCAGCAGAAAAAGCAACCUGAGGCUACAACCCAGGUUUUCAAAGCCAUCACUGAUAUGCUCAACUGGUUUGCAGGCAAGCAGAUCAGAAACGUGGCAGCUGUCGGUGGAAACAUCAUGACCGGCAGCCCAAUUUCCGACUUGAACCCGAUUUUCAUGGCAGCUGGUUGCGUGCUGGAGGUCAGCAGCGCUUCUAAGGGAAGCCGAAAGGUCACUAUGGACACCACUUUCUUCACUGGCUACAGACGCAACGUCAUUUCUCCUGAAGAAGUGCUCGUGUCUAUCACUAUCCCUUUCACAAAGGAAAAUCAGCAUUUCUUGGCCUACAAACAGGCCAAACGCAGAGACGAUGACAUCGCCAUCGUCAACGCGGCCUUCAAUCUCACCCUGAAUCCUCAAAAGGAGGUUGCCAAUCUAUGCAUGGCUUUCGGAGGAAUGGCGCCGACCACCAUCCUUGCCACCAAAUCCGCCGAGGCUCUGAGGGGCAAGGAGUGGAAUGAGCAGACCUUGGAGGCCGCACUCGACCUUCUCGUCCAGGAAAUUCCUCUCAGCCCCGGAGCACCUGGUGGCAUGAUCCUGUUCCGCAGGUCAUUGACCUUGAGUUUCUUCUUCAAGUUCUACCUCUCGGUGCAGCAAUCCCUAAAUGGCGUGGUGCCUGAGGAGGCGAAAAGUGCGACCAGACAGUUCCACUCGCUGCCCACCAAGAGUGCGCAGUAUCACGAAGUGGUGCCUGAAGGACAGGCACUGCACGACCUGGUCGGAAGGAACGUCCCCCACCUCUCAGGGUCCAAACAGGCAACAGGUGAGGCUGUUUACUGCGACGACAUCCCAAAAAUAGCCAACGAAUUGUACCUGUCUCUGGUCUUGAGCACCAAAGCUCACGCCAACAUCAUAAGCGUGGACGCGUCGGCCGCUCUGGCCACGAAGGGCGUGCACGCGUUUUUCAGCGCCAAGGACCUCAGCCCUGACGCCAAUCAGCACGGCACAAUCAUCAAAGACGAGGAGAUAUUCGUUUCAAAAACUGUCACGAGCCAAGGUCAAGUGAUAGGCGCAGUUGUUGCAGAUGACCAAAUGACCGCGCAGCGUGCAGCCAAGCUGGUCAAAAUCGAGUAUGAGGAAUUGACGCCUAUCAUCGUCACUAUUGACGACGCCAUCAAGGAAAACUCGUUCUUUGAACAGUUCAAGCCGCGUUUGACCAAAAACAACUUCGAGCAGGGAUUAAAGAGUUCAGAGCACACAUUGAGUGGUGAAGUGCACAUUGGCGGCCAGGAGCACUUUUACCUCGAGACGCACUGCUCCUUGGCUGUACCAAAAGAGGACAAUGAAAUCGAAAUAUUCAGCUCCACGCAAAACCCGUCCGAAAUCCAGAGCCUGAUUGCACACAUGCUGAAAGUCCCGAUCAACCGCGUGACCUGUCGGGUCAAGCGCAUCGGUGGUGGAUUUGGUGGAAAAGAAUCGCGCGCCGCUCUGCUCGCACUUCCAGUCGCGCUGGCCGCACACCGGCUGCGGCGGCCCGUCCGCUGCAUGCUGGACAGAGACGAGGACAUGGUGGCCACCGGCGGCAGGAAUCCUUUCAGGGGUCGAUACCAAGUUGGCUUUGACGCGCAAGGAAAAAUCCACGCCUGCAAGAUGGUCAUGUACAACAACGCUGGCUGUUCGGUUGACCUGUCUUGUUCGGUAAUGGACAGAGCCAUCUUCCACAUGGAGAACGCCUACAACAUUCCCAAUAUUGACACUGAAGGGUUUUUGUGCAAAACGAAUUUGCCUUCGAACACGGCUUACAGAGGCUUUGGUGGACCUCAGUCUAUGUUCCUAGCCGAAAACUACAUCGAGGAUAUUGCUGUGUACUUGAAUAAGGAUCCAGCGGAGAUUCGAAGAAUCAAUUUAUAUCAAGAAGGAGACAUUACCCAUUACAACCAAGAGCUGAUCAACUGCACCCUGCAGAAGUGUUGGGAAGAGUGCGUCGAGAAGUCUGAUUACAAUGAACGCAAGAAACAAGUGGAGAAAUUCAAUAACGAGAAUCGUUGGAAGAAGCGAGGAUUGUGUAUUUUGCCCACGAAAUUCGGCAUUGCAUUUUCUGCGUAUUUCUUAAACCAGUCUGGCGCGCUUGUGCAUAUUUAUGUUGAUGGAUCUGUGCUCAUCAGCCACGGUGGCACCGAAAUGGGUCAGGGACUGCACACAAAAAUGGUUCAGGUGGCAAGCAGAGCCCUUGGAGUGCCAGAGACGGACAUUUACAUCAGCGAAACAUCCACCGACAAAGUACCAAACACUCCACCCACCGCGGCCAGCGCUGGAUCCGAUUUAAAUGGAAUGGCUGUCAUUGAGGCCUGCGAAAUCUUGCUUAAGAGACUUGAACCGUACAAGAAGGCCAAUCCAAAAGGCGCCUGGAAGGACUGGGUCAAUGCCGCCUUUUUCGACAGAGUUUCCCUCUCUGCUACAGGAUACCACGCGACGCCAGACAUUGGCUUUGAUGUUAAAACGAAACAAGGAAAGGCGUUCAACUAUUUCACGUAUGGAGUUGCUUGUUCAGAGGUUGAAAUAGAUUGCCUCACAGGAGACCACCAGGUUAUUCGCACCGACAUUGUGAUGGAUCUUGGUGAGAGCAUCAACCCUGCGAUCGACAUUGGCCAGAUUGAAGGAGCGUUUGUGCAGGGCUACGGUUUGUUUACGAUGGAAGAGCUCGUCUACAGUCCCACUGGCACGCUUUACUCGCGCGGACCGGGAAUGUACAAAAUCCCCGGCUUCUCAGACAUUCCCGCCGAAUUUAACGUGUCUCUCCUGCGAGGGGCGCCAAAUCCAAGAGCAGUCUACAGCUCAAAGGCGGUUGGAGAGCCUCCCUUCUUUUUGGCAGCAUCAGUUUUCUUCGCAAUCAAAAACGCGAUCGCUUCAGCAAGGGCAGAUGUCGGCCUGAAGGGUGCCUUCCGUCUAGACUCCCCAGCCACCGCAGCCCGCAUCAGGGUAGCGUGCGAAGACAGAUUCACGACCAAGUUCCCUGAGCCUGAACCUGGAACCUUCACACCGUGGAACGUCAUGCCUUGAGCUUGAGCACAAAUUUUAUUCCAUUUUAUUUUUGUUUUACUCAAAAUGUAUUCUUCACUUUACGGGAAUUGUGGAAAAUAAAAUUUAUUUUUAAACGCGAACACAA